AUGUCGGACUUCACUGAAACGAACAGAAAAUACUUUGAUAACCUGGCAGCCUCCUACAAGGGCCAAUUUGCUGAUGCCCAGAGAAUGCUGUCAGCAGAGACGGUGCAGCAUCGAAAUUGGAUUAGCAACCGAUGGACAGACACAGAAGCCGGAAAGGACCAGGAGAUCAAAAUGCUCGAGUAUGCCUGCGGUCCCGGUGUCAUAUCUAUGAGCCUGGCCCCUUUCGUGGCAAAGGUUAUCGGCGUCGAUAUCUCCGACAAUAUGAUAGCAGAGUUCAACCGUAACGCUAGCUCGCUCGGACUUUCAGAUAAAGUGGUUGGGUAUCAAGCGGAUCUGCUUGCGGAGGAUGCUCCGGCCCAAGAUAUCGAGUCCGCGUGCACCAAUCUGGAUUUGGUGACAGUAAGUAUGGCUCUGCAUCAUUUCGAACACCCAGAUCGUGCUCUGAAGCGGCUGGCAAAGCGAUUGAAUAAGGGUGGUGCCUGUUACAUCAUCGACCUAGUGGCACAUUCCGGUGCUCAUGGACAUGGACACGAUGAUCACCAGCAUGAAUUCGCCGGAGCAGCCCACACUGUCAAGACGCACGGAUUCUCUCACGAGGAUAUGCAGCAGCUAUUCGAAGGAGCUGGACUCACUAUCGGGUUCGAGUAUAAGAUUUUGCCCGAGCCACUUAGGUUCAGCACGGAAGAGCGGUCCUUCUCUAAGACGGUGUUUAUCGCUCGUGCUCAGCUUAAAUGA